AUGAUUCUCAUUGCCGAUGCAGUUGCAAGUUUGGAGGAAUCAGGUGAAUCCGCUGGAUUGGGCACUCCAGAUUCUCUGUUGCCUCCUUCUGAGCCUCCCAACAUCAAGAAUUGGUUCUCAAGCUAUGAAUACGAAUCUCUUGUGUUGGAAACCAAUGAUAAUUUUGGAUUUUCCGAUCAUCAAGAAAGCCAAGGUUACAGGGAGGAGUCCAGUGUGGUGGAAAAUUCAAGGGAGUUCAUCAGAGGUGGGGAAAAUGAUGGCAUGAUGAAAAAGAAAAGCAUAUCAAGUAUGCUGAUCAAAUGCAACCAAUCUGAGGAAGAUAACAAGUGUGAUAAUCAUUGUCUCAACCAGGUUUCAGACUCGCCUGUGCUCUCCCCUGAAGCUCCUGGCAUUGACAAGUGGUUCUCAAGCUAUGCAUAUGAAUCUCCACCAUUGGAUGAUGUCAUUCUUUGUGAUGAUGAAGAAAACACGAUGGAGUGUUGUAAUGGAAAGAGGAAGGAAGGAGAUGACUUGAUUUGCAAUCAAAACCUGGAAGGCCAAAGAGUAAAAGAUUCAGUAACAAAAGAGAGCGCAAUUGAAAUAAAAGUGAAAGAUGAAAAUGUGGAGAAUGGUUUUGUUUCAGUGAAACGCAAAAGAGAAGAUGUCAGAACUGGUAAGAAUGAGUUGAAAAGGACAGCUUCAUCAUCAUCACCAUUUGUUGGUAAUGGUAUUGGUAAGAACAAGAUGAAGGAUGAAAGAAAGACAUUAGCAGAUGUGACAAACAUUGAAAUAAGUGGAAAGUGGAAGUGUCCACGAAAGGGAAAACCAGAGAUUGGUCCUCCAUUAAAGCAGCUUCGACUUGAACAAUGGUUUCAUCAUCAUCAUCAUCAUCAUCAUCAUGUGUAA